GGCAACACUACACAACAGAACGACUGAACAACACAUAACUGUGACAUAAGUAACAUUCCAGUGCGCACAGACAGUGAAGUUGGACAGCCUUUACUACAAUCACUUCAAAACAUAAUUAGCACGGUGCUGGAGACACGUGAAUAGUGAUCGCGUAAGUGACUCUUGGUGCUGGAAACGUGACUGACAAUUAAGGAACUAUGAGUGAGGAGAUCAAGUUUAUCGUGGGUGAGCUGAACAAGCCGCCCUAUAGUCGCAACUACAACCUCAUCUCCUUUGACAGUCUGAAUGCUGAGUCCUUGCUGCAGGUCCUCAAUGAUGUGUUUGCUGAGAUUGACUCCAAGAACAAACUGGACAUUCGGGAGGAGGAGCCAGAGCAGAUGGCUGUCAGGAUGCUGGGGAUGCUACGAAUUCUCAAGUACAGACCUCCAGAUGAAGCAAUGAACAAUUUCCGUCAAGGGCUGGUCUCUGGGGACAAGCACGUCAUCUACCCCAUCCUGAUGUGGCUGCUGCAGAGAAUGGAUGAGCUGAAGAAGAGAGCAUACCUGGCCAAGUAUCUGGUGAAGCUGGAUGUUCCUGCAGAAAUGCUCGGUGAUGCAGACGUGGCUGAUGUGCAUGUUAAGUACGAAGAGCUCAUUGACCAGUUCAAGAGUGUUCACCGGGAGUAUGAGGCGCUGCGGACCAGCGGGUUCUCUACGGCAGAGCUGCGGCGGGACAUCACGGCUAUGGAGGAGGAGCGGGACCUGGUGCUACGCAGGAUUGAGAGGAUGAAGCAGAAGGUGGAAGGAACCCCAAACAGUGAUGCUAUGUUGACAUCAGCACGAGGUAUGCGCCAGGAGAGGGAGAAACAGAAGGAGAUGGUUCAGCAAAAGACCAACCUUCAGGCAGCCAGUCAGUUGUUGGAGCAGAGAAUCUCCCGUCUUCAGGCACAGCUCAAGGAUAUUCGCAAGGCCGGUAUUGGCACCACUCCUGAAGGGCUGCUGCAGAGGCUUGAGGAGGACAUGAAUGUGAACAGCUACAUAGUGAAGGAGAAGCUACCCAAGGAGGUGGCAGUGAGACAGCGGCUGGUGGAGACCUUGCAGCGUGUGGCAGCUCAGCCAGCCAUGGGCCAGCAGGAGAUUGACCAAGUUAACAAACAGAUCCAAGUCCUGAACAGUGAAAUCAACAACCUAAAUGAAGCACGCAUGAAGGAAGUGGAGGAGGAUGAAAGUCCAGAGAGCAAGGUUGGGAAGCUGUCAUUUUUUCGCCAGAAUGCUGCCAUCAUCACCAGAAAGAAGGAACAGACGGCUGAAAAGCUGAAUGAACUGCGCAGUGAAAUAACAAACUACCAGGAAGAAAUGAGGGAAAAACAAGACCAAUUGAAGCAGUUUUCGGGAGAGCAGGUGUUGCGUGGGGAGGAGUUCAAGCGUUACGUCAACAAGCUGCGGGGGAAGAGCUCAGUGUACAAGAUGAAACGUGCCGAGCUGAGUGACCUGCGGGCUGAGUAUGGCAUCCUCAGCAGGACCGAGGAGAUACUGAAGGCCAAGGAUGCACAGUUGCUGGAGCAGUUGAAUGCAAUGGAGGCUCAGAUGGGUGUGUCAGGUUUCCAUGAGACUCAGGAGAGCAUGGAGAAGGUGUCCUCCAUGAAGGCCACCAUUGAUGCACGGAAGGGAGAGACUCUGGAGGAGAUGUCUGGCAUGGUGAUGGAUUUGAACAAGAAGAUUGCUGAGAGAAAGGCACACUUAGCUCCCAUCAUCAAAGAACUUCGGCCACUGAGGCAAAAGAUGCAGGACCUGACUGUGGACUACAAUGAGAAGAAGCACUCCUAUGACUCUGUGGCAGCUGGACUGGACUCUAACAUGGCCAAGCUGGAACAAGAAGUCAAGGGUCUGCGAGAUGAGGUGAUCAAGUCAGAGACUCAAUUCCAACUGCAGGCAGCUGAGAAGGAGAUCCUGAGCUUCAAACAACAACAAGCAAGUGAAGAGAUCAAACUGUAUCUUUCCAAUGAUCCUCAAGACAAAAAGAAAUCCCUAAGGGAGCAGCUGGUCACCAACAUAGCAGAGCAGGAACGACUUGGCCGUCUCCUGCGGGAGGACCAGAAGGCAGUGAAGGACCUGGUGCAGACGUCUGCCAAGCAGCUCGGGAUGUGGCGUGAUGUUGUUAAACUCUUAGAGGUGAAGAGGAAAUGUCUGGAGGCAGCUCGAAGUGGCAUGGGAGUGAUGACUAGAAGCAUUGGCGGGGAGGCUUUGGUGCUGACGUGAGGUGGCCCCUGGUGUUGUGAAGGCUCCUCAUCCAUACAGCUAUUGGCUAGCCUUCUUAUUAACAUGAAAAUAGGAGAAAAAAAAGAGGAUGUAAGUUUCAGGAGCCUAUGAAAGCCAAUUAUAUAUGACAGCAAUGUGAUUUCUUGUAUUCUUUGAACUCAAUAGCAAAUCUCAUUGCAAGGAACGCUAAGAAAUGAUUCCAUACACAUUUUAUUUCUCAAAGCAUUUGUUUCAAUGUGUGUGAAUGUUAUGUCCAUCACUUUCACCUACACUGAGUCCCUAAGUUUAUACUGAGGCUUUUCUUGUUCUUGAUUCUGUAUGGGUUAGUUCUUACACAGAUGGUAGUAUUCUUCAAGCAAAUUUUAAUAGUGUAUAUCAUAAAGGUGUAAAGGUUCUUUCUUUAUCAACAUUUCUGCGUCUGCUUCUAUCCUGUCUUUUACUCUAUGCUUUACUACUAGCUGUGUUUCUAGUCACUGUCUUUUAUACUAUUAAUUGUUUUUUUUUAUUUAUUUAUUUUUUUACAGUACCUGUACACACCUUUCUUGUGUGGCUGUAGUGCACUAAACUUCCUACUUGUUUUCAUGUGUAUUUCAACGGUCUCCAUAGCAAAUAUAUUAAAAAAUAUUGUAAAUCUGCACAAAAUGUCAAUUGUAGGUCUAAGCCUAGUUGUUUAUCAUUAAUUUUUCAAUAGUAAUCUCUCUCUCUCUCUCUCUCUCUCUCUCUCUCUCUCUCUCUCUCUCUCUCUCUCUCUC